AUGAAGCUGUUUCUGGUUCUCAUUAUUCUGCUGUUUGAGGUAUCCAAAGAUGCAGCACGACCCAGAAAAUGCUUUAAUAAUGUAGCAGGCUACUGCAAGAAGAAAUGCGAUCUGGGGGAAGUAUUUGAAGUAGCAUGUUCAAAUAGAAAAUUAUGUUGUGUUUACGAAGCGGACAACAGAAAAGCCCAAGAAGCUGCAAAGUUACCUGAACCUCCUUCGAAGCCUGAUUUGAAGUUGGACUAUAUCAUUUUACCCACUGUCACACUUGACACAGUUACACCGUAAACCAAGUGCUUGGUCUA